CUCACCUCUACGAAGACAAUAGCAUCAUCAGCCUAGCGGAUAGCCGCAGGAAAAGCCGAUAGCAAACUCAGGGAAAAAAUAACAUGACCAUCUGCGACACAGUUGACCAGUAUACGAUAAUGUCCGGUGAUCGUUUAAAAAUUAAGGACUUACUGUGCAACCGGCUCACCGAGUGCGGCUGGCGGAACGAGGUGCGUCUGCUGUGCCGCAACAUUCUGCUGGAGAAGAGUGCCAACAACAGUGUGUCCGUGGAUCAGCUUAUAUCGGAAGUGACGCCCAAGGCACGCACCCUCGUCCCCGAUGCUGUCAAAAAGGAGCUGCUCAUGAAGAUACGCACCAUUUUGGCCGAAACCGACGAGGACAAUUAGCGGUCAACUCAGCGACUCAAACCAAUCAACAAUAAAAACAUAAACAAACCUACUUACAUUUAUACAUAAAUAGCUGUAGUAAAUAAUUAAUUUUGCAUUUGUGUAUUCGCCAAUAAACUAAAGUUAACAAUUACGACUCAAAACCAGCUGACAGCUGCCAACUGACAGCUGAUAGCUGACAAAUAAUAAAAGAUGGCCGAAGAUGGUCGUAUUAGUGACUGUCAAACUGCGAAUCCGAAAACGGCAGAUGGCUCUCAAACUGUGCCGUGAACUACAUA